UAUGCCGAUAGGUCUACUUAGUCGGUUAGGGAACUGUUUUAUAAAAAGAAACAUUUUGUCCUCUACUUCGAAGGUCACCAAUUGCCGACAGAAAUUCUUCGACCAAACAUCAUGUGUUUUGUAUUUAACUCCAAAGUAUUCCACGCUUUGUAAGUUGGAUUAUGAAAAAUACAGUGAUGCUACGUUAGAAAGUUUGUCGGACUUUUUCGAUGAGAUUUCUGAUUCUGAUUUAGUUAGUAACGAGUUUGACGCGUUUUUGGAAAGUGGGGUUCUUACUGUUCGCGUUUCAAAGGCGGUUGGAACCUAUGUGAUCAACAAACAGACACCAAAUAAACAGAUCUGGUUGUCUUCUCCAAUCAGCGGCCCAAAAAGAUAUGAUUUUGAAGAUAAUUCGUGGAAAUAUUUACACAACGGAGAAUAUUUACAUCAUUUAAUUGAAGACGAAUUGAAAGAAGUUGUUUCUGAAUCAGUUGAUCUUUCGUCUCUGCCAUUUUAUAAGGAAAGAUCGGGUAAAUAAAUAAUGGCAGUUGCAAGUGUGUUGGACCCACAAUAUUUAUCUGAUGAACAACUUUUGACAAUCUUUCAAACUGCUAGAAAGACGGGAUCUACUUUUACCAUGACGUCAAGCAUGAAUGAUGGUUUUGAUUCAAACACUGAAUCUGUAAGCUUAUUAAACACACCAAGUCACAGUAUUGUUAAUAUUGAAGACUCCAUUACCAGUAAUACACUUGAUAGUUCCCAAAACUGUAUUGACAGCAAAGAGGUUGAAAAAUAUGUUGGAAAAAAGUCUUGUCGGAAACGGAAGUUGUACAGUUGUUUUGUUUGUAGUGAAGUGUUUCAUUCUAGAUGUAAGUAUGGCUUGCAUUAUUAUGCAACACAUGGUGGGGUAGGAGUUAAAAACGAUCCGAGUAAAUUUGUUUGCAAUGUUUGUAAUAAAGUAACCACCACCGCAACUGGAUAUUUGGAUCACAUUCUGGCUCAUGCAAAGGUGAUGGACUAUACAUGCUUGGUUUGUAACCAGCAGUUUACAAGUCAUCGGAACCUGUAUGAUCAUAAUGUUACCAAACAUAGAAGCGCUAAGUUUGAGUGUAAAGUUUGCAAGAAAACUUUCAAAUAUCGCAGCAAAUAUUCCAGGCACCUCUUGUUUCAUAACCCAAUCAAAUCACACAAGUGCAACAAUUGCCAGCAGUCAUUUGUAACCGCCUACCAAUUGACAAGGCAUAAAAAGACUCAUGUUUCAGGUUCAAUAAUCUUCAGUUGUAAAGUUUGCACUGAAACUCAUACGUCGAAAAUUUCUCUGGCGAAACAUUAUAAAUCACGACACCCUGAUUGUUUUAAAUAUGUCUGUGAGCGAUGCGGGGCGUUGUACAUGAACCGAUUCAGUUUAACUCGGCAUAUGAGGUCCCACGAACACAAGGAGUAUGUUUGUAUCCAUUGCAACAAAGCUUUUCACAGGAAAUCAGUUCUUGAUGUUCAUAUGAAGACACACAGUGGGAUCAAGAUGUUUCAGUGCGAAAAAUGUGAAAAAUUCUUUUCACAGAAAUGCUCGCUACUGAGACAUCUUGCAAAACAGAAAGACUGCAGAUAUAUUCCACUUUAGUUUUUACAAUCAUUGCGAUUUGUGACAUGUCAUUCUUCAGAUUAUUUGGGAUGUACUAUACAGAAUAUUAAUUACUUUAUCUUUAUUUUGCUGUUAUUGUUAUAAUAAGUAACCUACAUUAAACACUGUUGUGGCAUAAAUACUCUUGCUUUCAAAAUUA